GCCACGUAGCGCGCGGAGGUCGGUAGCGAUGCAAUCUCGGCAGCUGCCGACAGCUAUACAGCUCGAUGAGCAAGGUUCAGCCACCCGAUCCCGUGCCUGCGAGCUACAAUCUCCAAGGGCAGAAGCGCCGACGCCGAGCAAGACCAUCCGCCCGCCAUGCCUAAGGAAAUCCGCGACAUCAAGCAGUUCAUCGACAUCGCCCGGCGAAAGGACGCCUCAGCGGCGCGCAUCAAGAAGAUCGCGCCCCGGGUAGCGGGCGGGAAGACGCGCACGAAGUUUAAGAUUCGCUGCUCACGCUACCUUUACACCCUCGCUCUCGACGACCCGGAGAAGGCGGAGAAGCUCAAGGCGAGCUUGCCUCCUGGCCUGAACAUCGUCGAGGUCGAGACACCAAAAAAGAAGUAGACGCAUCGUCUCUUCUCUACCUCGAGGGUCCGCCCGGGGUGUGGUGGGUUGAACGCUGGGUUUGGGAGCGCGGGGAUAGGCCCCUGAGCUGGGGGCGCCCUCACGAGUCCGCGGCAGGUGCGCGGACAAACGACGACGACUGCUACUGCUAUCGCUAUAUUGCUAGGCAUCAUCAUAUGGAUUGUGUGUAUGCUCCCCGACGACAUUUACAUUAUGCACGCACGCAUUCUCUCAUC